AUGAAGCUAUACACCGUCUUGUUCUUGAUAAGCGUGCUUAUGGUUAUUUGUGCUGAAUCCGCUACAACUGCAAAGAAGGUAGAAACGACCACAGCACCCGAACCGGAAAACAGUGACAGCCCGUCGGAAUCCGACGAAUCUCCGGACGUGAAAACGGGUGAUAGCUCGAAGGAUAAGCCGGAUAUGAGCCCGAUCGAGUUCAUGACGGAGGUGAUCAAAUCCGCAAUGCAACGUGUUACUUCCGGUUUGAAGGAGAGAGUGAACGUGGCUCCGUUCUCGUUUUAA